CCGUAAUAGUGCUAAAAACUUCUUGUCGCGUGUAUAUCUUUGCAGUUCGAGAUUGAGUUUUUGUUUUCAAAUUUGUUCAACUGUCACCAACUACUUUCUCAGCAUUCAAAAACUGUAUAAAAGAAAUCUCUAUACCGCUUUUCAAAAUAAAAUCUGUAGUACCACCAUCAACUUCUAUUUCAUCAUCGCAUUACAAGAUUUUCACACUUUACUUUUCCGACGACUUUACAUUAAAAGAACUAUCGAUCAUUUCCCUUGAAUUCAUUGCCCCCCUUUUUUAUUUCCAG